AUGGAACCUAAAGCAUAUUUAAACUUAAUUUUACUGGGGAAAAAACGAGCUGGGAAGAGUGUGUCAGGAAACACAAUACUGGGACGAGAAGCUUUCAUAUCAAGGAGAAGAUCUGGUUCUGUCACGCCUGAUAACACUGUUGAAUCUGGGACUGUUGAUGGGUUUCCAGUCAAUGUUUAUGACACACCAGGAAUCUGUGACCCAGAACUGAGUGAAGAUGAGAUUCAGCAGAAGAUUGAAAAUGUCCUUCAGAGAUGUGAAUCAGGUCACUGUGUGUUUCUGCUGGUCAUCAAAGCUGAUAGUUUCACUGAAGAAGAGAGAAAAACUGUGGAGAAGAUUGAGAAGCUGCUGGGAGAAGAACGCCUGAAUAAAACCUGGAUUCUCUUCACCAGAGGAGACGAACUGGAGGAAGACAACCUGACAAUACAAGAAUUCCUUGAUAGAAAUAAUGGGUUGAAGACACUUGUUGAGAAAUAUGAUCAGAGAUACCAUGUGUUCAACAACAAGAAGAAGACAGCAGCAAGUGACCAGGCUCGAUUACUGCUGGUAAACAUUCUCCAGAGAUCUUUGGGGUUAAGCGUUGUAGGCCACACAACAAAAAUGGAACCUAAAGCACUUAAUUUUAUAAUUUUACUGGGGAAAAAACGAGCUGGGAAGAGUGUGUCAGGAAACACAAUACUGGGACGAGAAGCUUUCAUAUCAAGGAGAAGAUCUGGUUCUGUCACGCCUGAUAACACUGUUGAAUCUGGGACUGUUGAUGGGUUUCCAGUCAAUGUUUAUGACACACCAGGAAUCUGUGACCCAGAACUGAGUGAAGAUGAGAUUCAGCAGAAGAUUGAAAAUGUCCUUCAGAGAUGUGAAUCAGGUCACUGUGUGUUUCUGCUGGUCAUCAAAGCUGAUAGUUUCACUGAAGAAGAGAGAAAAACUGUGGAGAAGAUUGAGAAGCUGCUGGGAGAAGAACGCCUGAAUAAAACCUGGAUUCUCUUCACCAGAGGAGACGAACUGAAGGAAGACAACCUGACAAUACAAGAAUUCCUUGAUAGAAAUAAUGGGUUGAAGACACUUGUUGAGAAAUAUGAUCAGAGAUACCAUGUGUUCAACAACAAGAAGAAGACAGCAGCAAGUGACCAGGCUCGAUUACUGCUGGUAAACAUUCUCCAGAGAUCUUUGGGGUUAAGCGCUAUUGCUGAAUAA